AUGAAUCUAUUACUUCCUGAAGGAGAAAUUACUAAUGUAGGAGAAUUACUCACCGCUCGAAAUAUCCUGGAAAUAGGAGCUUUAUGGAGUGUUCGUGUUAAGGAUAUUCCUUCAUUCGAAAGAUAUAUAGCUCAAUUGAAUACAUAUUAUACUGAUUACAGUUCAAUACUUCCACAAUCCCAACAAAUGUAUCCUUUAACCGGAUUAAAUCUUCUUCGAUUACUUUCACAAAAUCGAAUUGCCGAAUUUCAUACCGCCUUAGAAAACAUUGAACCGGAAUUACUUUUGGAAAAUCCUUAUAUCAAACAUCCGGUUCAUUUGGAACAAUAUUUAAUGGAAGGAAGUUAUAAUAAAGUUUGGAAUUCUCGUGAACAAGUUCCCGCUCCUGAUUAUCUCUUUUUCAUUGAUAUCUUGAUGAGAACUAUUAGGAAUGAAAUUGCAAGUUGCAGUGAGAAAGCGUAUACAAGUUUGCCAUUAGCAGAUGCAGCUACAUUAUUAUUCUUUAAUAAUAACAUUCAUGAAGUUUUAACUUUUGCUUCUGAGCGUGGAUGGAAUGUUAUUCCAGCAGAAAAGAAAAUAUAUUUCGCCACAAAAGAUGAUGAAAAAGUUGAAAUACCUCAUGAUAAUAUUAUAAAACAAGCACUUAAUUAUGCACGAGAAUUGGAACAAAUCGUGUAG